CGCCGCGUGCCCGGCAGAACGGGCCGGAGAAGGCGAGAAACCUUUGGGGUCCAGACUCAGGAAGAAGCGCAAGGGUGGGUGGCGCUAAGCCCUAGAGGCUUCUAAAGAGGCCAGUCGAUCUAAGAGGGGGCGUGGCUCGGCAGCUGCGCCUGCGCGGUUGCCUAUUGACAGAAAGCCGAGGGGCGAACGAUAGUCCGUGCGCCUGCGUCUGGGCGCGGGGAAGAAAGGGGAGCGAGUUUGAAGAACUUGGAGGGGGGGGGGAAGCUAAUGCUCUCCGCUUGGCCCGUCCUUUUUCUCCGUCGGGGGCGCUCAUCGCAGCUGGGUGGAGACAAAAGGGAAGAGCAGCGCAGGCGGGUGGCUUUCCCUCCGCCGGCCCCCUCCCCUCCGGCUCCCCGCCCAUUACGCGCGCGCCCCGCCUAUAACGCGCUUGCCGCGGCGGGGCGGACUAGGCGGCCCCGGGUAUAUGGCUUCCAGCCGCCUCCACCGCCGCCCUCGCCUCCAUGUACCCCGCGGGGCCAGCCGGCCCGGCCCCGCACCCUCGCCGCCGCCGGCCCCCGGCGCCCGCCCAGCCCGGGCCUCCGCUGCUGCCCCCGGAGGCGGGGGAAGGGGAGCGGCCGUCCCCGGGCCGGGGCCCCGUGCCCGCUGUGCCCGCUGUGCCCGCAGCGCCCCCGGGGGCUGGGGGCGGCCCCGGGGCGCCGGGCCUGACGGCGAAGAUGGCCUUUCGGAAAGCCUAUUCCAUCAAGGACAAGCUCCAGGCCAUCGAACGUGUGAAGGGCGGGGAGCGCCAGGCCAGCGUGUGCAGGGACUUCGGGGUGCCCGGAGGGACCCUGCGGGGCUGGCUCAAGGAUGAGCCCAAGCUGCGCUGGUUCCUGGAUCAGCUGGGCGGGGAAGUGGGCACCCAGCGGAAGAAGAUGCGGCUGGCCAACGAGGAGGAGAUCGAUCGCGCGGUCUACACUUGGUUCCUCACCCUGCGCCAGCAUGGCAUCCCGCUCUCCGGCCCUAUCAUCCAGGCCCAGGCGGAAGCCUUUGCCCGCCAGAUCUACGGGCCUGAGUGCACCUUCAAGGCUAGCCAUGGCUGGUUCUGGAGGUGGCAGAAGCGCCACGGCAUCUCUAGCCAGCGAAUCUAUGGCGAAGCAGAGCCCGCUCCUCCACCCCCUGCCUCAGCUCCCCCACUGCCCACCGUUAAGGCCGAGCCAGACCUUGUGGCCAUAGGAGGCCAUUCCUCGCCGAUGCCACCCCCGGCCCCCGCUGAUGGGGGCUACGGGGAUGAACAGAUUUACAAUGCCAAUGUCACUGGGCUCUACUGGAAGUUGUUGCCCGAGCAGACCGCCCCCCCGGGGGAAGGGGAGCCUGGAAAUAGAGGGCCCAAGUGGAGAGGGGACAGGGUCACGGUGUUGCUAGCGGCCAACCUGACGGGCAGCCACAAGCUGAAGCCCCUGGUGAUUGGGCAGCUGCCAGAUCCACCCAGCUUGCGACACCACAAUCAAGACAAGUUCCCUGCCUCCUACCGCUAUAGCCCUGAUGCUUGGCUCAGCGCCACGCUGCUCCGGGGCUGGUUCUUUGAGGAGUUUGUGCCAGGUGUCAGGCGCUACCUGCGGCGCAGCUGCCUGCAGCAGAAGGCUGUGUUGUUGGUGAAUCACCAUCCUGGACCAAGGCCGUCAGGCCUAUGGCCAUCCUCCCCAGGGGAGGGUGAGGAGGCUGGCAAACGGCAAAGGGCAGCUGGCAGCCUGGGCCCAGGGCCAGCCCUUUGUCAUCCUGAGGAGUUGCAGACCCCUGAUGGUGCAGUACGGGUGCUUUUCCUGUCUAAGAGCAGUUCCCGGUGUAAGAUUCCAGCACCCUUGGAACAAGGGGUGGUAUCUGCCUUCAAACAGUUGUACAAAAGGGAACUGCUGCGGUUGGCUGUGUCAUGUGCAGGUGGCUCCCCUCUGGACUUUGUUCGUAGCUUCAUGUUGAAGGACAUGCUCUAUCUAGCCGGCCUCUCUUGGGAUCUGGUCCAGGCAGGCAGUAUUGAACGAUGCUGGCUGCUGGGUCUCCGAGCUGCCUUUGAAUCCCGCCCUGAUGUUGAGGAACAGCUGGUCCAGCCCCACCCAGGAGCCUCUGGGGAGGAUGAGGAGGCAGAGGAACACAGCAAGGUCCUCAGUGACCUAACACAUUUGGCUGCCCUUGCUUACAAACGCUUAGCACCUGAGGAUGUGGCAGAAUGGCUGCACUUGGACGAUGGGGCCCCAGACUUGGGGGAGCCCCUAGAGGGUGGGGGGGAAGAGGAGGAGGAUGGGGGAGGUCGGGAACAGCCCUUCUGUGGGGGCUUCCCACCACUGGCUGGUCCACCCCAGGGGGAGGAGGAGGCUGGAACAGGAGGGCCAUCACCAGUCCCCACAGCUGGAGAAGCCAUUAGGGGUCUUGAGACAGCUUUACGAUGGCUGGAGAGCCGUGAUCCCAAAGAGGUGGGACCCUUGAAGCUGGUGCAACUUCGAUCCUUAAUUAGCAUGGCUCAGCGGCUUGGGGAGACAGGGCCCUAAUUAUAUGGAUCCUGAUGGCUGCUGGAAGGGCAAGACUUAGUUAGGUGCCUAGGACCUAAGUGACACCUUUUUACUUCUGCACCUUUAUAGGGGGAUGUUCAUUGGCUCCUAUAGCCUUCUUUCUUUAGAUAGUAUGGGCUAACCCCUGCAACAACCUGGGGAAUACCAGGAACCUCAGAGAUAGCAAUGGGGGAAUGAUACCUUACUCCUAAAGUCACCAAAGGGGACUGGACUGGUGACACUAGUGUCACUACCAGUAAUGGUCCAAAAUGCAACUCUUAGUCAUCAGCGAAGAAGCACAUGUUAGGAAUGUCAAAGGGAGGCAACUUCAGAGGACAGUUGUUUAGGAAGGGGUAGCAAAGAGCCAUCUUAACCACUAGUUCCCCCUCUCCAAAACUCACGUGUCUAUACACAGGAGCCUUGGAGGCUCUAUCAGGGAGCAGCUUUCACUGUGUUCACAACCUUAAUCUUUCUGAGGCUCCCCAAGCUUAGAGCUGUGGCAGUCCUCUUUGAGGGUGUGUACUUUUUUAAUGCCACACGUGAUAUAUCCACCCCUCACACAGAAGGCCUUUCACCCAUGUACCCUCUUCAUUUCCUUCUUGUCCUCUUCUGAUGGACUAUAUCCCACUAUAUCCUUAACUUCUUUUCUCCUCCUUCCCAGUCACAUGCACUGGAUGAGGGCCUACUUGUGCUUCCUCUUGCAAGGAGGAACCUGUGAGCCUUGGUGCUGGGGUUACCCUAGGGAUACCAUAGUUUUUUAAUCUUGAAAAUGGGGGGGAAAAACUGACCACUUUUUUUAUACAUAGUAAAAAAAAUAAAACAAAUCUAGAGCCAGUUUUAUAAGCCAGACAUAAUGAGGCACCAAGGCUAGAAGCUAGUGAGGGGUUAGCUCUAAAUUGAUCAAGGGAAUGGGAAAGAUGCUCCUUAAGUGAGGGAUUAUGACUGCCCUCCUGGAGCCAGAUGGGAAGGUGCCAGCCCUGAGUUAUUCCUAAACUGCCCUUGAGGGUUGAGCCAAGAAAUUUAGAGUGAGCUCACUUAGGGGUUUGAAGAAGGGUGUUUUAGUCUGGCUCUGAAUGGGGAGAAUUCUGUAGCAUUUGAACUGUCCUAGGAAUAAGUAUAGACCCCAGGAUACAUCCUUAGUUUCUGUAAUCAACUUGGGUUGUAGAUUUGUUCAACUUUUCUUGGUCUCUGGUUUUUGUGAAGGGUUUUGUGUGUGGUUUGGGAUUUUGUUUUUGUUUAAGAAAAAUAACACUUUCAACAGUUUUACUAUAGAUUAUUGGAGUGUGUGAAUUUGGGACCCCUCUGGGUCUCCCUCCAACAUAACUUGGAAAUAACCUAUUUUUUAAGUCCAGCAUGUUUGUGGUAAUCAGCAAUGGCAUAUUUUUUCCCUAUGUGCAAACUUUGUACCAACUGUGGGCUUUGAGAAAUUACCCAGUUUCUCUGAUCAAAGCUAGGGGAUUCCUUCUAGGAAUCAAUUACGGAGUUUUUAUGCUGUCAGUGAGGUGCUUUAUGCUGGAGGUGAGGAGAGUGGGUUCAGUAGAAGAAUCCUUAUUAACUUUGCCCUUCUCUAGAUCAAAUUGGUCUUUACCUGGAUUCCUAGUUAGUUGGAACAAGAUUCUUUGAUAAGAAUCCUCCUUCGUGGGUGGAUUUUCUUGUCAGAUAGUAAGUCUUUUGCAAAGUUGAGACAUGACCAUACCAAAAAGGACACAAAAUUAACAAGGGGCUGGGGUGCAGGUAGGAAGGUAGGAUUUGGUGUGAGUUUGGGGGGGAGCUUUACACCUUUCAUUUAUUUUCUAAACAAAAUAGUCUGUAUUAUAGAGUCUUGGAAAAAAAGGGAAAACUACCCCUGGUGCCUCUUGUAUAGUAGUUCAGAGUUCAUUGUAACUCAAUUGAGGCUGAGAAUAGGGUUUAAAGAGGAUUUGAAAGAAAUUUGUCUGGUGCUCACAGCUACUUGGUUAAUGUCAUCCUGGAUUUUUUCGGAGUGGACAGUAACCGUGUUCAGAUGCAAUUGAUUGGUAGUUAACUUUCUGACUCCUCAGCUAUUCUCUCUCUCCACUUAAUAAUUUUCUGCAACUCCCCCUCCUGCAGUCUUUUUUUUUUUUUUUUUUUUAUUACAAGUGAGAAUUUUGAAAAUAAGGAAUUGGUAUGGAGAAAUCUGUUAGAUGGAAUUUUGGAGGGAAAUAAAAAAAAUUUAUGCCUCACAGGUUCCCUUAAAUUAGUCACAAGUCAGUUUUCACGUGAUUCUUGAAAAGCUAUUUUCCUUUGAGACCAAGAGUCUGAUGAAUCCUCUCGCUUAAGAGAUCAGCAGGGUAGUAUAAAACACAUAGUAGUAUUUUGAAUGAAAGUGCCAUCAGCCUGAAGUUCAGUAUAUCUGGUCUUCAUUCAGCAAAAUUAUAUUAAGCACUUACUGGGUGCAAAGCCUUUUUGGGUGUUAGGGAAAAUACAAAGACCCUGAAUUCUUGGAGCUUACAAUCUAGUAAGGAGAUAAGACACAGGUAAAAUUAUCUCUAAUGUAAAGUGAUAAUAAAUAAUUAGAAAGGUACAAGGUGUAUCAUGAGAUCCAACUAAGAAAAAAGCCUUACUAACCAGAUGGCUCAUGAGAGUUUUCCUGAAGAAAAUAACAUUUGCAUAUUCUUUAGCUAUAGUUAUAGCUAUAGCUUAAAUUCAUGUAGCACUUUGCAAGAUGUGCAAAGUACUUUUCUGAUAUCUCAUUUGGUCGUCAACAAUCCUAAGAGGUUGGUGCUAUUAUCCCCAUUUUACAGAUGAAGAAAUUGAGGGUAAGUGAUUUUCCUGGAUCAGGAUUUGAUCUUCCUAACUUUGAGUCUUUAACCAUGGGUAGGAAUGUAAAUAGAUAAAGAGAGAAGAUGUAACAGACAUAAGGGUGCAUGAGCAUAGUGGCAGGAAUAUUGUUUGGGUGAUAAAAUUGUGUACUUGGGAUGAAAUAUAGAGGGGGAGUAUCUGAAACGGUAAGCAGUGCCAGAUUGUUUAAUUUUGAAUUUCAGUUUACAGUUGAAAACCACUGAAAAUGUUUAAGUGGAAAGGGGCUGGGACUUUUCUAUGCAAAGGAGAGAUUAUUCUAGCAAUAGGAUGAGGAAUGGAUUGGAGGAGAGAGAAGAGGAUGACUUGUUAGAUUAUCCUAAUGAUCUAUGAAAGUAGAUGGGAAUGUCAUGGGGGUGGAAGUAGAGGGAGUGGUAGUGGGAACAAACUGUCCAGUGUUGCAUAUCUGCUGCAGGAAUACUCUCAGCAACCAUGGGAUAUAAUUCUAAUUUGGAACUGGAAGGGACCAUCUAGUCCACACUGCUCAUGGAUCAGAGAUUGACUCUUACAGAUAGUGCUUAAAGUCUCCCAGGUAAUAAAUAGAAGACCUAGAAAUGGAACCCAAAGUCUUCUGGUUUAAAUCCUGCUUCCACUCAGCUCAGAAUCUCAGAACCUGACCUGGCAGAGGAGCCCUGGCUAUAAGAGACUAUUAGGACUUGCUAAAGGUAUGGGAUAUGACUGUGUGAUUUAGCUAUCUGAUCUGAGGUUUUAAAUUAAAUAGGACUUGGCAGGAACUUGUCCCCAGGCAAGAAGUUCUGGGUCAGACUUUUUGAUUGAUUUAUCUAUGACUACCUUUAGCUAUGUGAAGAACUUGGAAGUGCAGAGAAUCUUUUUCAUUGUAGAUUUUCACUUAUCUUGGUGGUGUGUGCACAUUCAGAUCCCCCACCCAGUGGAUGGAAAAGUUUGCUAGCACUUUGAUCAAUAUGUUGGCCAGGCUACAAGUUGAGUAAUAGCCUGUCACCAGAGAUAGUUGAAAUAGUUCUUUGCCAUUCACUGAGCCUUUCUGGUAGCCUCCAUCCUGUCCCUUAGCAGGCCUGGAUGCUGAGUAGCAUUCACUGAUUGACCAGACUUUUACCUAGUAUAAGUGGGGGCAGCAGAGUCUAACAGUCUGAGUUUGGAGUCAGGAUGCCAGAGUUCUGCUGCUAUUUGUGUGAUUUCUGGGGAGCUAUAUAAAGAGAGGUUUGAAUGAGAUAAGCUUCAGAGUGUCUCCUAAUAAUAAAUCUGGGUGUGGAGUCAGGAAGAUCCGAGUUCAAAUCCAACCCCAUUGUGUGGGGCUCAUUGAUUGUGUGACCCCUGGACAAGGUUACUUAACUCUGGCUCAGUUUUCUCAUCUGUUAAAUGAGCUAGAGAAGAAAGUAGGCACUCCAGUAUAUUUGCUUCAGAAAAUGCCAAAUGGGGUCAUAAAGAGUUAAAUACAACUGAACAAUGAUAAAUUCCAUCACCUUAAAAAUUAGUUAUUAUUCAUUGGUGUCUGAUUCUUUGUGAUCCAGUUAGUAUCUGAUGCCAGAUUUGAAUAAGUGUCUUCCUGACUCUACGCCUAGCACGCUCUCUAUUGCACCACUUAGGAGCCCAGAUAUUAGAAUGGUUUGCUAGCUCAUUUUAUAGAUGAAGAAAUUGAGGCAAAUAGUAAAGUGAUUUUCAGGAUCAUACAGCCAAUAAGUAGGACUAUAUUUGAACUCAGGUCUAGACAUUCACUUCUCUGAACCUUUGUUAUAAUGGAAUAAAAAAAGUAACUGAAAGAGCCUUGAGCCAAAAAUUGUGAGACACUAUCUUGGCUAUGCUCUUUAUUAUGGAUUGUAGAGGACAAGUUUCUCCACCUUAACCUUAAGUUUCCUCUUCUGUAAAAUGGGAAUAAUUACUUGCACUAAGUACUUCAUAGGAUAGUUGAGGUUCAAAUGAGUUCUUUUAUGUGGAGCUCUUUUAUAAGCUAUAAAAUGCUAUAUAGGAAAGCCAGCUGCUUCAUUUCUCUGGGUUUUAGUUUCUCCAAUUAUUAAAAAGAGAUUGGGCUAGCCUGGGAUGCCACAUUUUUUUAUUGAAAAGGAUCUUGUUUCCUAAAGGCUUCUAUUCUGUUGCAGACACCUUUAGUGGGGAGGAAGUGAGAACAACUCAGUCUGAGGCCAUGCUUGUAUCUGUAUAGGGCUGUCCUGAGGCACUGAUCCUUCCCUGGAAUUUCCGCAAGCAGCUGCUAAGAUAAAUAACUACUCUAGAAUAUCAGAUUUCUCUUUUCAGAAACCACAGCUAGAAAGCUAGAACCAACCUCAAGUUUUGGAAAAAUCUGAAUUUGCGGGCCAGACCCUGGGUUUGAAUCGUAACUCACCUAUUCACUACGUGUAUAAUCUUUGCUGAGUCAUCUCCCCCUUUGGGGCCACAUUUUCCCUCUGUAAAAUAAUAGGGUUAACCCAAAUUAAGACUUGCCAUGUCUAUCCUUAUAUAUUGCUAAAAAUGAUGGACAGAAUGUUCAUGUCAUUGCUUCCCUGUGGCAGAAGUGGGGCCUUUUCUUGGUAGCCCAACAGAGACAGAAUUCAGGGAUGCUAUAUUUUGAGGAUAGGAGUUCCAAUGACAGCAUUGGCAGAUAUUUCAGCUUUAUACUAGGGACUAUCCAGCAAUUUAAUAGUGGAGUCAGGACUAGACAACUCUGGUUUCCUGACUCCCAAAGCACAGUGACUUGUUUCCCCUCACAUUAUUGAAUUUGUUUUGCAGAGAGGGAAAGCAUCAAAACAAACUGUUACUGUUAUAGCUGUCAAAACCAUCAUUCUCCAGCUACUCAGCUCUGUCACCAUUUCAACUAGAAGCAUUCUUGACCACUUCACUUCAGUGAGAGUUUAGUCUGACAAACCUGUGGAGCAUAAGACUUUCGUGGCCCCAAUUCUACCUUCCCUUAGGGAACUUCCUAGCCAGAGGAAUGGACACAACCCUCUCCUAGAGAGUUUCCUAAACUCUGCUUUCUUCAAAUAAAAACCUGUUUAAGAGAUCAUUCAAGAAAAAGCAACUCUGGGGGUUAGACUAAAUGAUGGCACUUUCCCUUUUAAACCCUUUGGGCUAAGACCACAGAGAGAUGAAAACGACAAGGAGGCAGAUUUCAGCUUUGUGAAAAAAAACUUUCUAAUAAGAACUGAUCAGCAAAGCAGUAAGUUCCUUUCUCAGGUGGUAAGUUCCUUACCCCUGGAGCUGUUAAUAUAGAAGUUGGAUGAACACUGGCCAGGAAUGUUGUGGGAUCCUUACAGUCUUUCAAUGGUAUAAUUCCACACACUGUGAACAUCUUUCCCUAAGAAGAUCAUCCUAGCAAAGUAUGGUAGGUAGCAAGAAUUUCACUAUACUUGUAAUCAGAAGACACAACUAUUUGCCAAUUCAACUAUUUGUCUAAACUUAACAUAAACAAUGCAUUUCUUCUUUUGUUUACUCAGUUUUCUCAUAUGUAAAAUGAGAGCAGAAAUUCCGUUUUACAGCUCUAAAAUCUUGAUGACUUAUGGACUGGUUUGCUCUUUUUUCCAGCGGUUCAGGGAUUCAUCUUUCUAGGUGAAAUGCAACUAAAUCCUUUGCAUCAAGCCCUGACCUGUAUCAUUACGUUAAAAUCUUUACACAGUCCACAUUUCUAUCAUCUUAUUUGAUCCUCUCAACAAUUCCAUAAGGUAGGUGGUACAACUAUCUUCAGUCUACCAAUAAAGAAACUGAGACAGAAUGUGGCUUGUCAGUAGAUGGCAGAACUUGAAUCCAACUCCAAAUCCUUUCUCUCUCCCCCACCUUCUGACUAUACCACAACUACCUCAGUGUCAUAGCUUUUGAUGUUCUUGGAAUUGCAUGCCCAAGUAAUAGCCCCUCAGUAGUUUCAUGAUCCUCUCACAUACCCAAACUCUACUUCUCUUUCUACAAAAGUCUAGAAUAGGCUCUAGCCAAACAAAUUAAUUGCAAUACAGCAGGGAACUGAGGGGAACAUGGUGUAGUGAAAAUAACAUUGGCCUCAGGAGGCCCUGGACAUUAAUCCUAAAUAAUGUUACUUUGUAGCUGUGUAAUCUUAGGCAAGUCACUUCCCAAGAAAUUUGGAAGCAGAGGCCCUGGAUUGAAAUUUUACAUUUGGGGCAUGUCAUUUUUUAAGCUUUCUGAACUUUGAAUUUCCAUAUCUAUAAAAUGAGGGUGGUGACUCUUAGAUGACUUCUGAGGACCCUUUCAAUUCUAAAUUUAUGAUCCUGUGGUCCCCAGCAGGAAUCCUUAACUUCUUAGGACAAACAUUGUAGAAGAGACUGCUUUUUAGCAAAGAAUCCAGGGCCAGAGAGAUCAUCCACACUUCUCCUGUUAAGUCCAAAGGGAUAUUGGACUACCUUUGGUAGUGUGUAAACUGCAGAGGCAGCUUUGAGUUGGGGACAGGACAUGUAUAAGGUGGUCACCCUGGGUUCUGUCACUAGUUACCUCUUUUCUGUUUCCUUUUCUGUGAUAUGAGUAAUUAGAUGCCAUCCAAGGCUGCUUUUAGCUUUAAUAUAUUCUAAUUCUACCUUUGUGAUAUGGUCAUCCUUCUGUAAUAGGGAAUCUCCCACCUCCCAAGACAACAUUUUUGAAAAGCUUGUACCUGUUGCUACAUAUGAAGUGAAUGCUUGCCCACCUGGAAAUUACACUGGUCCCACCAGAUCAAGGAUCAACCACAAUCUAACCCAAAAGGUUUAUGACUCAGGGCUGUGACUUGGGAGGUCAUAUAGUCCAAAUCAUUUUGCAAAAAUCAAGCUUAAGAUUUGAAGGGUCUUCUCAAAAUCAUAUAGGUUUAUGAGUCAGGGCUGUGACUUGGAAGUCAUAUAGUCCAAAUCUUUCAUUUUACAAAUAUCCAGCUUAAGAUCUGAAGGGACUUCUCAAGAUCAUAUAAUUUGGAGAUAGAUGAGACAGGUUUCAGAUGCAGGUUCCCUGAGUGCCUCUUUCCACUAUACCACAGCUGUCUCUAUAAGUCCUGAUGGACUUGAGAAAAAAAUAAGCUCAGAGAGGUAUAUGAAAGUAGUGGGAGAAGAAAGGGUAUCUCUAUACAGGCUCUGCUUGGGCCUGAACAGGUAAUAAGCUAGGCAAGAAUAAACUAAUUCCUAUUUUGGUAGCUCUUGUGAAGCUCCUCACAAUUUCCUUGUGAACUUGGCAGGAUAAGAAUUUUAUAGAUGAACAGACUCAGAAAUUAAUGACUUGCCUGCCUUCACACAACUGUCAAAUGAAAGAUCUGGCAUUUGAAGACUCAUGACAUAAUGAAUCCAGUACUCUUUCCACUAUACCCUAUUGCCUCAUUGGAAAUAAAAUUACAGAAUUUGAGUUGGA